AUGUUGCGGCUGAUAUGGGGCAAUAUCACAUUCAAUCCCGUGAAUGAGCCUAAAAAACAGCAUUUAGAGGAACAAAUGGAAAUGGUCUCUCAUGAAAAGUCAGAUCGAAUUCCCUCGGCACGCGUAGGACAUACAGCACACGCAAUCAACCAGAAGUCAUCCUCUUCACAAUCCAUUAUUUUACUUGGUGGCGCUAACCUCGAAGGAACGCUUAACGAGGCUUUCCUGUAUUCAACAAGUGAUGAUAAGUGGUCCCCGCUGAAUUGGACGGAUGUAUCGGAUGGUCCACUGCUGUCACGUUACGAGCACUCUAGUGCUGUACUUCCGGACGGGGAAGUGUUCGUAUUCGGCGGUGCGACCCAGUCCGGCCCACUUGGUGAUAUAUUCCGGCUGUUAUUAUCUGAAGAAUCUCCAGAAAAGAGUAAUCCAUCUGUCAACAGUUUAUCAUUAUCCGUCAGCGAUCUUGGUUCAUCAUCCUUGUUCCCCGGAAAAUCGCGUACGCAGCACGGGUCCGCAUGCCUCACAGAAUACGGUCAAAUUGUGGUUUUUGCUGGCGGAGCCAUGGGCAGUCAACCAGUGUCAGAUAACCAAUUGUAUAUGUACGAUACGAAACUUCAGUCUUGGUUGAUUGUACAAACCUCGGGACAGGGACCAUCGGUUCGUUUCGGACACCUAUUGUUGUACCAGCACCCUGUAGAGGAAGCGCCCGAUGACACGGUUCGUUUGCAUAUACCCCGUGGACACAUAUUGAUUCACGGAGGAAUGGCUGAGGAUAACUUUUUCGGUGACUUCUAUCAGUUUCAGUUUUCCAAUCUACGACAUACGCACCUUCGACCAACGGUUGUCGUGUUCCGUGACCUAAAAGAAGCCUUCGAUUCAGUUGAUCGUGAAUCCCUUAUGAGUUCGUUCCUUCUCGAAGUAAUGCCCCAGAACUACAUGGACGUAUUGAGUUCACACUAA